UUGAAUUUCAGAUUCUAAGGAAUCUGAAAUUUAGGGUUCUUCAAUUUAGUGGAUUUUUUUAAUUUUUGGGGGCAAACAAUUAUAGAUUCUUGAAAGGGUUUUUGGGAAUUAAAGAGAAAAAAGAAAGGAUUUUGAUUGGAAGAGAAUUUUUUCUUCUUCUUGAAUUUAGGGUUCUUGAAUAAUUUUUUUGGGGCAAAAGAUUAUAGGUCCUUGAAAGAGAUUUUUUUUGUUAGUAUUAAAUUUUUUGGGGCAAAAGAUUAUAGUUUUUUUUAUUUUUAUUGAAAGAGAAAAAAAUUCUUGAAAUUAGGGUUCUUGAAUUGAGGGGUAGUAUUUAACUUUUUUGGGGCAAAAGAUUAUAGGUUUCUUGAUUUUUUUUUUUUUGGGAAUUAAAGAAAAUGUAAGGAUUUGAUUGAAAGAACAACAACAACAAAUCCAGUAUAGUCCUAAAAGCGUGGUUCAAGGAGGGUAGAGUGUACGUAGAGUCGUAGAGCUUACACUACCUCGAAGAGGUAAAAAGGAUUUGAUUGAAAGAAGAGAGAAUGGGGAAUACAUGUAUAGGACCCAAAUUAGGCAACAAUGGGUUCUUGCAAUCAGUAACAGCAGCUGUUUGGAAAACAAGGCAACCAGAACAUUUGCCUCUCCCAAAUAAAGGUGAUUCAAAUUCCCACAAAACCCAAGAAAAUUCAUCAAUGGGUUCGUCGUCGAAAGCAAAUGACAGUAAUAGAUGUGGUGGUACUCAGAGUAACCCACCCCCACACCUUAAGAUUAGUAGUGGAGAUGAUACUACUGAGUAUGGUGGUGGUAACAAUGAGAAGAACUCAUCAAAUGUUAAUAAUAAGCCAGUGGAGGGUGUGAAACAGAAUAAGCCUAAUCAUGUUAGGCGAGUAUCGAGCAUAGGGCUUAAAAUCGACUCUGUUUUGGGAAGAAAGACUGGAAAUUUGAAGGAGAUUUGUAGCUUAGGGAGGAAGCUUGGACAAGGUCAAUUCGGGACGACGUAUUUAUGUGUGGACAAGGUACAUGGAAAGGAAUUGGCGUGUAAGUCCAUUGCUAAAAGGAAGUUGAAUACUGAGGAGGAUGUGGAGGAUGUAAGAAGGGAGAUUCAGAUUAUGCACCACUUGGCAGGGCAUCCUAGCGUGGUACAAAUAGUAGGGGCUUAUGAGGAUGCUGUUGAAGUACAUGUCGUGAUGGAGCUUUGUGCGGGUGGGGAGCUUUUCGAUAGGAUUUUACAGAGAGGACAUUACAGUGAGAAGAAGGCAGCUGAACUUGCUAGAGUAAUUGUAGGUGUCGUGGAAGCAUGCCAUUCCAUGGGCGUCAUGCAUAGAGACCUAAAACCCGAGAACUUUCUUUUUGUCAAUCAGGAUGAGGAUUCAUCCUUGAAGACAAUUGACUUUGGGUUAUCAGUGUUCUUCAAGCCAGGUGAAAUGUUCACUGAUGUUGUCGGAAGCCCUUAUUAUGUUGCCCCAGAAGUCUUGCGGAAGCAUUAUGGUCAAGAAUGUGAUAUUUGGAGUGCAGGAGUGAUAAUUUAUAUUUUACUAAGUGGAGUUCCCCCCUUCUGGGAAGAGACGGAGCAAGGAAUAUUUGAACAGGUUCUAAAAGGGGAACUUGACUUUGUAUCAGAACCUUGGCCGUCUAUAUCAGAAAGUGCAAAAGAUCUUGUUAGAAAGAUGCUUGUAAGAGAUCCGAAAAAGCGGCUGACAGCCCAUGAAGUCCUUUGUCACCCAUGGGUCCAUGUUGGCGGUGUAGCUCCAGAUAAACCUCUUGAUUCUGCUGUUCUGACCCGUCUCAAUCAAUUUUCUGCAAUGAACAAAUUAAAAAAGAUAGCAGUUAGAGUUAUUGCUGAAAGUCUGUCUGCAGAGGAAAUUGCAGGACUCAAGGAAAUGUUCAAAAUGAUAGAUACCGAUAAUAGUGGAAAUAUUACGUUGGAGGAACUGAAGAAGGGUUUGGAAAGAGUAGGUGCCGAUCUGAAGGAUUCAGAAAUAACUAGUUUAAUGCAAGCUGCAGAUACUGAUAAUAGUGGUACCAUUGACUACGGCGAGUUUAUAGCGGCUAUGCUCCAUCUAAAUAAAAUUCAGAAGGAAGAUCACAUGUAUGCUGCUUUUUCUUAUUUUGAUCAAGAUGGUAGCGGGUACAUCACGAAGGAUGAGCUCCAACAAGCUUGUGAGAAGUUCGGGAUGAGCAAUAUUCCCAUCGAAGAACUUAUGCGUGAAGUUGAUCAAGAUAAUGAUGGACGCAUCGAUUACAAUGAAUUUGUAGCAAUGAUGCAAGACACCAGUUUUGGCGAGAUGGGGAGCAGAAGAAUGUAAGCUUUGGCAAUUUAGAGACGUUAAAAGCCCGAAAAGCCUUUGAUAAAAUCAUACUACGCGUGUACAUCAGCUACGUACUCGUAUUUAUCAUCCCCAUAAGUACAUGAACAAGAGCAACUUUCACUGUAUAUUAUCAUUAUACAUACAUGUAAAGAUUAGUCAGGAAAUUGGAGAGAGGAAGGCUAG